AUGGCAGCCGAGCGGCAAUACAACCUUGCUAUUCGGAAAGUGUCAGCCGCUAUGCCGCAACUUAAUAAAGAACAUUGCCAUGCGGUAUAUACCGCCGCUGCCUACAUUUUCAUCUGUUCCUUCAUGAAGGGCCCUCGACCUUGCUUCAGAACAGUACUAGAAAUCUGCAGCAAGGUGUUUUCGCCUGGCGCAGUUUUGGGAAACACGGAAAGGGGAUCAGAUUCUAGCUCACAACGGGAAGAAGGUGCAUGGGCUCCAGUCAGAAUCCAGCCUACCUCGUUCGAAUAUGGAUAUUGGCUGGACCAACUGCGACACUUUCUAGGAUGCGAGCUGGAAGCUGAUUAUGCCCGGUAUCCGAUAUAUUGCACAGCAACCGAAAGAAUUUGGCCGUCUUACGAAGCUAUAUAUAGCUCUUACCCGCCCACAAUGACCGCAGACCUUAGUUGGAACUGA